ACAGCUCCGUGAUUGAAGAAGAAGCAGCAUCAAACAUAAUACGCGAUGUGAGAAAUGGAAAAAUAUGCAAUAAAUAGCUGAUUACAAUUGUGUUACUAUAGUUUUUAAGCGUAUGCACGUGGCCUAAUCAAUUGUUACAAUACCAUAGCGCAUACGAAAGAUUCAAACUUCGCAAGGAUAACCACGCAAAACACACGCUAAAAUGGCGGAUCCCCUGAGUCUUUUGCGGCAAUACAACAUAAACAAAAAGGAAAUAAUCGAACGUGAUAAUCAAAUCAUAUUCGGCGAAUUCUCCUGGCCCAAAAGUGUGAAGACCAACUAUCUCAAAUAUGGCUCCGGGAAAAAGGGCGCUCCCCGUGAAUAUUACACGCUGGAGUGCCUGCUCUACUUGCUCAAGAAUGUUAUGCUCCAGCAUUCGGUGUAUGUGCGUCAAUGUGCCGCCGAAGAUAUACCCGCUGUAAAUCGUCCGGAUCGUAAGGAGUUGUUGGCCUAUCUCAAUGGAGAGACGCCGACGUGUGCCAGCAUCGAUAAGAGUGCACCGUUGGAGAUACCCACACAGGUCAAGCGUACGGCGGAUAGCGAUGCUGCGAUCAGUGGCGAAACGGCGGCCAAGAAGGCUCGCUUCGAGGAGACGCAGGUGCAAAAGGUGCGCGAACAGCUCGCGGCACGCUGGGAUGUCAAUCAAAAGGAGACGGCCGUCAACAUGGACAACAUCAAGUCGCUGUCGGAGACGAUGUCCGUGGAGAAGAUUGCGGCGAUUAAGGCCAAGCGUUUGGCCAACAAACGCACGACCAUCAAGCGGACGGACAACGAGGAUGCCAUGGGCACCGAUCUGCGCGCUAUUCUUGACUACGAUGUGGACAGCACCAAGGAUAUCAUCAGUCGGGAGCGACAGUGGCGCACACGCACCUCGGUGCUCCAGAGUACGGGUAAACUGUUUGCCAAGAAUAUAUUCGCCAUGCUGCAGGGCAUCAAGGCGCGCGAGGAGGGACGCAACCGGCCACAGAUGCCCAAUCCCAUCAAGAUGCCGGAGCCCACGCGAAUUGCAAAGCCACAGCCACAAUUGUCGCAAUACAAUCGUUACGAUCAGGAGCGCUUCAAUCGCCAGAAGGAGGAGACGGAGGGCUUCAAAAUCGAUACGCUGGGCACAUAUCAUGGCAUGUCUCUCAAGUCCGUAACGGAAGGUUCGCUCGCACAGCGCAAGGCGCAGGCAAAUAUGCCGCAUGCUGCAGCGACAGCGCCGACAACUGCGACACGCUCCGCACCCAAGGAGCUGCUGCCGACGGCACAGGCGCGACAAUUGCCGGCGAACGGGCCACAGAAGCGACCAUCGCGCACACCGAUCAUCAUUAUACCAUCAGCCAACACGAGCCUUAUUACCAUGCUGAAUGUGAAGGACAUACUGCAGGACUUGCGCUUCUUCUCCACGUCCGACAAGAAGCUGCAGGGCUGUCAGCGCGAAAGCGAAGUCCUGCUCCAGCGCAAGCGCAAUAAUCAGACUGUCUCCUAUCGCAUCGUCGACAAUCCCCUCAAGCUCAGCCAGCAGGAUUGGCAGCGUGUCGUCGCCGUGUUCGUCAUGGGCCCACAAUGGCAAUUCAAAGGCUGGCCCUGGGAUGGCAAUCCCGUUGAAAUUUUCUCAAAGAUUUGCGCUUUUCACUUGUGCUUCAGCGAGCUGAAACUGGAUACGAAUGUGGAGCGUUGGUCGGUGACGUUGUUGCGUCUGUCCCAAAACAAGAGGCAUUUGGAUCGUGCCGUGCUAAGCAAAUUUUGGGAGACACUUGACAAAUAUAUGCUUAAGUACAAGCCCGAUUUGAGGUUUUAAUAUGCUGAGAGGAAAGUUUUUGGUGCGCAUUUGUUUAGCGCUGCACACAAAAAUCAAAUAAUGAAAAACGAAAAACAAACCAAGGUUUAUAAAUCAGCAUUAGAACUUUUGCAAAGCACUUUGAAAAUAUGCAAAAUGUUUGUUUUUCUGUAAUUGUACAAUGUAAACUACGAAACAGAGCUAAGAAAUAUAUAAUUUGUAUAAUUAGUUAUAAUAAAAAGUUUUAAGACAAUAA